AUGACUACUACAACCAGACAUCAAGAACAUGAACACAAAGUCGGUUUUCCAAGAGCAUUGGUAGCUGAAAAUGAAGAACAUCACAAAGUCGGUGUUCCAAGAGCAUUGGUAGCUGAAAAUGAAGAACAUCAUAAAGUUGGUGUUCCAAGAGCAUUAGUAGCUGAAAAUGAAGAACAUCACAAAGUCGGUGUACUAAGAGCAUUGGUAGCUGAAAAUGAAGAACAUGAACAUGAACACAAAGUUGGUGUACCAAGAGCAUUGGAAGCUGAAAAUGAAAAUAAAGUUGGUGUACCAAAAGCAUUAGUUGCAGAAACAACUGAAACUGUUGAUGAAAAGAAACCACCAAUUGGAACUAUUCAUGUCCUUAAAUCUGAUUUUUUACCAAUGUUAAGAUAA